CCAAUGCUAGAGCAGUGGAGGAAACUGGCAGGGGAGGCUGGCAGGCGCUCUGGGCAUGGGGAACCCACGGGCGCCCUGGCCACUCAUCUGGGCCAUGCUGCAGCUGGGCUGGUGGCCAGGAUGGCUCCUAGACUCCCCUGACAGGGCCUGGAGCCCCCUCACCUUCUCCCCAGCGCAGCUCACAGUGCACGAGGGGGACAACGCCACCUUCACCUGCAGCCUCUCCAACAUCCCCGAGAGCUUUGUGCUCAACUGGUACCGCAUGAGCCCCCGCAACCAGACGGACAAACUGGCCGCCUUCCAGGAGGACCACAUCCAGCCAGGCCCGGACAAGCGCUUCCACGUCACGCGGCUACCCAACGGGCGGGACUUUCACAUGAGCAUCGUGGCUACCCAGCGCAAUGACAGUGGCACCUACUUCUGUGGGGCCAUCUACCUGCCCCCCAACACACAGAUCAACGAGAGUCCCCACGCAGAGCUCACUGUGAAAGAGAGAGCCCUGGAGCCCCCCACCGAGAGCCCCAGCCCCCCGCCCAGACUCACGGGCCAGUUACAGGGGCUGGUCGUCGGCAUCACAAGUGUGCUGGUGGGAGUCCUGCUCCUCCUACUGCUGACCUGGGUCCUGGCCGCGGCCUUCCCCAGGGCCGCCCAAGGUACCUGUGCCUGUGGGAGUGAGGACGAGCCCCUGAAGGAGGGCCCCUCUGCGGCGCCUGUGUUCACCGUGGACUACGGGGAGCUGGACUUCCAGUGGCGAGAGAAGACGCCAGAGCCCCCUGCCCCCAGUGCCCCCGAACAGACAGAGUAUGCCACAAUUGUCUUCCCAAGCAGGCCGGGGUCCCCGGGCCGCAGGGCCUCAGCCAACGGCCCGCAGGGACCCCAGCCUCUGAGUCCCGAGGACAGACCCUGCCCCUGGCCCCUCUGACCGGCUUCCUUGCCCAGCCUGAGUCCCUCAGACCCUCCACCAGGAGCCCAGACGGGGAGAAGUGUGUACUGGGGAGGCAGUGAGGGCCGCCCCAGGGCUAAGCCCGGUGACCAGCCCUGCCUGCACCAGCCCUGCUCGACUCUCCUCUCGGGACUCGCGCGACCUGGGGGCAGGAGGUGUCCCUGUCCCUGUGGCUGUGGUCGGGAAAGGAGACUCACCCAGGACUCCAGGCCCAGCCCCCUGAGCCGGUCACUCUCCAGACCUGCUGCUCUGUGCCUCCCCGGGGGUGAGGGUGGGCUAGCGCUGUGGCCUCCUGAGGGUCAGGCUGCAGGAGUCUCUGCGGCCCCCCACCGCCUCCAGGGGAGCCUGAUGCCUGGACACGGGGGCACAGGGACACCAGCUGGAGACCCCGCCUUGGAGUGGCCCGGUGACAUGCCCCCACAGCCAAGGGUCCCUUGUGCACCUGGAGGGGCCCACGCAUGGGGUGGGGGCCUCGUGCUCCUCCAGGCCUGCCUGGGAAAGAGCUCCCGGCACGGCAGAGCAGGUGCCCUUGGGCCACCCUCAUGCCCGGCCCAGCCCACCAAGCAGCCGGCGGGGGCGGGGGUGGGGGGGGGACAACAAGGGAAACAGAGCUGGAGUCACCCCAGCGAGGCCGUCCUGGGGGCCCCUGGGAGUCGCCCUCCCCUUGGCGCCCGUGCACGGUGCUAUUUAAAGGGGCCUCAGCCCGGCACACGGCAGGUCAGCUUGGGGCAGGCUGGCCAGUGGCUACCCGGGUGUCGGGGACUCAGGAGCACAUAUCCUGGGCCCCACAAACACUUCAGAACCCCUCACCCUGCUCUGUUCUAUCAUAAUUAAAUAAUGACGAAAGCUCUAAGGAAAUCCCGAGUUCUCUCCUGCUCUCGUGGUCGUAGGGAGGGGGGUAAGGUUCUGCCCCAAGAUGGAGGACGCAGCCAGCCCUCCCCAGGCCUGGCCCUCACCCACCAGGCCCUCGCCUUCACUGUCCCAGAAACACACAGACCCACCGAG